CGACUCAGAUCACUGCCCUGUCAUCUUUUCCAUUUCCAUGAGUGGAUGCUCAGAUCACCCCACACCAAGUGUCCUCCGCUCUGCUCUGCUCGCACGACUCACCCAGCAUUUUCCAUCCGCUUUCUUCUAGCCCCAUUGGCGCAUCGCAUGCAUCACUGAUUAGGUGAUGGUGCACUAGCUAGCUGCGUACCUGGGAUUAUCCGUGUCACUCCGGGGUGCACACAGACACAGGAGCAAGGGCAUAUGCUCUUACUAGGUUGUUGCGCUGGCGCCUUUGGCAAUGUAUAUAUAGGGCUGCACAGCUCUCUGCUGCUAAUACCUUCAGAGAGCUAGCCGCAGAAAUAUACGUAGUAGCAAAAUCAGGAUGGGUGGUGCGGGCGGCGCCAAGGCUUACGGCGCGGUGGUUCUGAUCAGGGUCAUGUACUCCGGCAUGCAUAUCAUGAGCAAGAUAGCGCUGGAUCAAGGCAUGAACCCCUUCGUCUUCGUCUUCUACCGGCAUACCACCGCCGCCCUGGUGCUCAUCCCCAUUGCUUUUGCUCUGGAGAGGCAAAAGACUAAACCUGUGACGUUGAGGAUUGCAGGGAAGAUGUUCGUACACGCCUUAUAUGGGGUAACAGCAUGUGGCGUCUUAUUUAACCUUGGUCUCAACUAUGCAUCCGCGACAUCAUCUUCGGCGUUGUACAACGUUCAACCGGUGGUUACCUUCAUUCUGGCGGUCAUAAUUGGGAUGGAGUCUAUGAAACUGAAGAAGCUCCAUGGCAACCUAAAAGUGGCAGGCAUUCUCUGCUGCGUCGCCGGCGUCACGGUGCUGGCCUUCUACGAGGGGCCAAUGUCCAGAUCUUUCAACCAUCACCGGCUCUUCCAGCACGGCAGCAGCAGCAGCAGCUCCUCCGGAGCAGGCACCUACUCCAAGAACCAGUGGGUAUUUGGGAUUUUCCUCAUGACACUCUCCAACAUUCUAGCAGGCUUGUGGACUGUGCUUCAGGGGCCACUGAUAGAGGACACUUCCAAGCUUAUGAAUACCACGCUGCAGAUCUCAUGCGCGUCCGUCCAGGCCUUCGUGGUGGCUGUCGCCGCAGAGAGGGAUUUCUCCAAGUGGAAGAUCGGCUGGAAUAUUAGCCUCGCCGCUAUCAUCUACAGUGGCGUGAUCGUCACCGCGCUUUCGUACUACAUGCAAAUGUGGACGAUCGCCAAGAGGGGGCCGGUGUUCCUCGCCAUGUCCAUGCCUCUCACUCUGAUCUUCACAAUCAUCAUAUCGUCGUUCGUUUUAGGAGAGGCAGUUAGCCUAGGAAGUAUAAUUGCUGGGAUACUACUGAUCGGAGGCCUGUACAACGUCCUGUGGGGGAAAAGCAUGGAGAGAAAAGACGACGACACGAACAAGAUGGGUGGCGGUAAACCUGGCCAGGAGGUGCAAGACAAGGAGCAGGCCCGAGUGCCGGAUGAUGCGGCGGCAAAGGUCUGAGCCAAGCAAGCAGUGAUCGGCGAUGGGACAGAAAAGAUUGUGUCAGGGCAUACUACUGGUUCCGGACCGUGUUGGAAAGCAACGCAUGCAUGCACCGUGAACUGGCGGCAGGCCAGGACGAUAAGAUGGGCAGUGCGCCAUUGCUGUACCCACUUUCUGCCUCAUGGUUUCCUUUCAAGUCUCCCGUCGAUGUUGUAUGUACCGAAUUAAUAAAACAAGUUUCAGAUGCUUUCAGUGA